GUCAGUAACCAAAAGAAUCAAUCUCACGAUUUUUACAUCACAGCCUGCAUGUGGUCUCCAAAAAAUUAUUGUAGGUUAGAGCUGGCAAAAAGUAAUGGAAUCGAUGCGCCAAGCACAUGCACUGAAAAACAACCAAAUGUUCUACUUGCCGUGGCUUUUGCUUUGUCCCCUCUUAUCCCCCCAGCAGAAUCAUCGGUCGUGCCAAAUAGCACCGAAGCAAAAGAUUUCAUACUAUUGGCUUGUCUUUGGAGUGGUGCCAAUCCACAAUAGUAUUAAGGGAGAGCACUAAUCCUGAUUGUGUGAGCCAACAAAAGAGUGAGAAAGGCACACAAUAGUAUUAUAUGAGAGUACCAAUCCUGAUUUUGCGGGCUAACAAAAGAGUGGGAAAGGCAGAGCACAAAGCACAUCCAGCUCAGUAUAUGCCCCAGAAAGAACAAAGCUCAAUUGGUGCCACCAUGAACUUAGCCAGUGGAGUAUAUCUACUCUCCAGCCUCCAGGAAUUAUAAGAGGAGCCUCCGCACACGCUGCACAUCGGCGUUUCUCUGUUGGUCCAUCUCAAGAUGAGGAAAGGCGCUUUCGCUCUCUUUCUCCUCCUGCUCACCUUUGCUUCCCAUGACGGAUGGUGUUCCGCAGCUGCGAGGAGCGCCAUGGCUGAGGAGGAUGCAGCACAUCAUCAUCUGAGGCCUCAUCACCUUGAAACCCAAGGCAAGAGUCUCCUGGAGAUGCAGAGUCCCAGGAAGGUUGGGCGGGCGACGGGUGGUGCCGGAGCAGGCGGCGGCGGCGGCGGCAGGAACACCGGUGGCGGAGCCACGGACACGAGGCCACACAACGGCAAGAACAUUGCCACGGCGCUGCCAGCUCCAGCGACCUCCGUCCUGGCGCUGGUUUUCACCACCAGCACCAUUCUUCUCUCCGCGCUCAGCUUCUGAAGUUCAAGCACCAGUAUUCGUCCAGUGUUGCAGUUUCAGAAAUUGUUUGCCUGAUGAUGUUUGUCGGUAUCGGAAUGGUAUGAUGUUUGCUGGCUACUACUAUUAUUUGUCCUGUAUGAGUGCUUCCUAAGUUGUUGAAUUGCCUGUAUACUGGGUUCGUACUAGUCAUAGAGACACUAAUAAAUCAGGGAAUGAAAA